AUGAGCGCGCGCCAGCCGCGUCCGCCGCCCGGGGCCAUCAAGACCGGCCCCGUCGCAGCCGCGUGCGCCUUCGCCGCCAUCUACUACGUCUACGGCAUCACGAACCACACGGCACCGCACGACGUCGAACGAAAGAGGCACAGCGAGAAGGUGCCGUUCUGGAAGCGCAGCAACUAG